CGCAGAUCCAUCAACCGCUCAGCGCCACAUAACCACUUUACAUGCACAUAUAACCAUUUCCGCAAGACCAGUCACAGGAGCCAAACGCCAUCCGCAUCCGAGGUCUCUGCGCUGUACUUGUAACACGUUGCACAAACUUGCGGGCGAGCCCACCAUCAUUCUCACAUAGCGCUCGCUUCUAACAGUCACUCGUUAUAGUGUAUAACAGCUAUGGCUACCAAAGCCGCCCACAAACGCUUGGCGAAAGAAUACGCAACCCUCGCUGCCAAUCCAGUCGAGUACAUUACCGCCCACCCUUCCGAAUCCAACAUCCUCGAAUGGCACUACAUCCUCACCGGCCCACCCAAUACGCCCUACCACAACGGCCAGUACUGGGGCACCCUCACCUUUCCCUCUGACUACCCCUUCGCCCCUCCCGCAAUCCGCAUGCACACUCCCAGCGGCCGCUUCCGCUGUAGCGAGCGCCUCUGCCUUAGCAUCUCCGACUUCCACCCGAAAAGUUUCAAUCCGGCGUGGGAAGUCUCGACGAUCUUGCUAGGUGUGCUGAGCUUCAUGACAAGCGAGGAAAUGACGACGGGAUCUGUUUCGGCAACGGAAGCGCAGAGAAAGGAGUUUGCGGCACGAACGAGGUGGUGGAAUAGUACGGGUGGUGGGAGUACGAACCGGACGUUGAGCGGGCAGGCGCAGACUCAGGGGAGUAAUAGUAGAGGAUUUGGGGCUAUCAAGGCUGGGGAUGGUGGGAAGAGGUUUAGAGAGCAGUGGGCGGAGGAGGACGCUGCGAAUUGGAAGUGGAUUGAGGAGAAUAGGAUCGAUCCGCAAACGGGCCAGAGUUUAGUGACAAAGCCUGCAUCUCAUUGUGCGCCGGAGACGACCGCUGCAUUGCGGCAGAGAGCGAGUACCGGUCAAGCAGGUCUGGGUGCCGCGGUGGUAGGUGGCGGGCAGGCGGCACGGCAAGCAGGCCAUGGGUGGUUAGGGCGGAAUUGGGGUAAGGUGCUAGCUGGUGUCAUCUUCAUCUACGUCGUUGCGGCUCGGCUGUUAAACGAUGUAAAGUCGUGAAGACUCAACCCCAGGGAAGGGCGUUCGUUGUUAGCGUGGAGUUUCGGCGAAUUAUAUAUGCUUCACCACAGUAUCAGACACGGGCUCUGACGAAAUAGGGCAUGAUGUGGCACGAUAUUACUGAUGUUAAUACGUAUUGAUGCAGCUAUAGAGCAGCUAGCGAAAGCGCAAUGGAGACCAGGCAAGGGUUGCCGUUCUCCGCGACAGAGUCAUCACCAUCACCACCGUCCAUGCAAUCCCAGCAGGAACGCCCAGUUUGCGACGAAGCGCUCACAGACGACGACCACGACGACCGCCCUUUCUCCUCGUGCUGUCGGAAGGAGUCGGCGUCACGUCCUCGAUACGGCCGAUCUUCAUGCCGGAACGAGCCAAUGCGCGCAGAGCAGACUGUGCGCCUGGACCUGGAGUCUUG